AUGUACAUCCACAAGCUAUCCAACCACCCACCAUCCAUCAUCAAGAAUCUCCCAGCAUCAAUAAGCCGCCGAAUAGCAGACAUCUCAUGCGAUGAAGAGACUUUCAACGAAGCUUCCCCUGCCUACAACGAUGCCCUAAAAGCCAGUGAAUUUGCUGAAACCCUCACCUACACGAAGGAGCGCCCGACAAGGAGAAAGCAAAACCGGAAACGAAACAUCAUCUGGUUCAACCCUCCAUUCAGCAAAAACGUCACAACCAACAUCGGCAGAUCGUUCCUGAGGCUUGUUGAUAAGCACUUCCCAAAGAAAUCAAAAUUCAACAAGAUAUUCAACAGGAACACGCUCAAAGUCAGCUACAGUUGCAUGCCGAAUGUCGCCAGCAUCAUCAAGGCGCACAACAAGCAGGUUUCAUCCACGGACGACCACACCAAGCCGAAAACCUGCAACUGCCGGAAAAAGAAUGUGUGCCCCCUACAAGGAAACUGCCAGGCCGGCAGUAUCAUCUACAGUGCAAAAGUCUCCGGCCCAGAAAGCCCUAAGCAAUAUAUUGGACUCACCGAGCCCCCGUUCAAGCUGAGCACCCCAUUCACCAUCGAGUGGUCGAUCUCCAGCAAGGCCCAGGCGUACUCCAGCGAAACGAAGAAAUGCAACCUGUGCCUAACUGAGAAGCUUGCCAUCAUCAACGCCGAGAAACAGACACUCCUGAACAAAAGACCAGAACUCAUCUCCAAAUAUUUCAGGCCAUGGCCAAAAAAUUCCCAGGUCAUAUGUGAAAGUGACAGGAUCCAACGCCUUCGCAAUAAUCUUGGUGUCAAUAAUCCACGAGAUGAGGUGCAGCAUUCGUCGCAUGGAAUUAGGACACCUCAACUUUGGACCAGACCUAAUGAGAAUGAGUUGGAAAAAGCUCUUGUCCUGGGAUCAAGGCGAAACUUAUCAAAUUUUUUGACGAUAGGCUUACCUACAGUCCUUAGGGAAACGGAUAACUAUCUGUCUCAAACGCUGGAUUCUCUAAUUCUAAAUUCAUCUCCUGAGGAACGCUCUGCUGCCAUUCUCCUCAUCUUCCUUGCUGACUUUGAGGACGAGAAGCGCUCCAUAUUAAGGGAUAUGAUAAAAGACAAAUACCUUCCAUAUCUAGAAAGUGGAUUCAUCCAAGUCAUCCAGGCCCCGGCGUCCUUUUACCCUUCCCUAAAAAAUCUCAAGUCCAAUUAUGGAGAUUCAGAGACCAGAGUCCGCUGGCGCUCAAAACAAUGUGUUGACAUUGCUUACACUUUCAUUUACGGCAGUGGUCUUUCAGAGUACUACCUCCACAUGGAAGACGACGUUAUUACGGUAAAAGGAUACAUUACAGCUAUUCGCACGUAUAUUCGGGAAAAGAGCAACGUUAAAUGGGUGAUACUGGAAUUCGCUAGCUUGGGUACCUUUGGACAACUGUUGCGUGCAUACGACUUGGAUAGGCUUGCACAGUUUAUCUUGUUUUUCUAUCAGGAUCAACCCGUCGAUUGGCUUUUCAGUAAGUUCAAAGAUUUGAAUGCUCAGCAAAAGAAGUACAUUAGAAAACCUUCUAUCUUUCAGCACAAAGGUAUUCAGUCGUCCCUCAAAGGAAAGAACAUGGCGCAUUGGGUGGAUAAAACCUUUAUUGACACCAAUAAAGCAUCAGGAAAAAACCAAUCAUCAGGAAAAGUGUAAAGCAAAAUGAUGGCAUUUGAGAAAUACUUGUCUCAGAUGUCUUCAGCGAAAAAAAGAGAGAAAUAGCUUCUUUUGGGCGAAAAUAACUAAAAAAAGACGAUAUCUAGGUUCUCGUCAUUGACUUGUCCACAGCCUGGAGUGUUUUCGUGUCAUGCAAACAAUCAGCUGAGAAAAUAUCACACCCUCAGUGCUAUACUGGUGAUAGUAGUCCUUGCCUCUCAUUCUGUAUACCGGUAUCAGUCCAGACAAAUUUGCUACUCUCCUAUAAUUCAUUCGGAGAAAUUAACUCCGCCCACAAGGCUACACUUUCGAUGUAUGCUGAUUUGACAAGUAACUUGACACUCAGUUAAUAAAGCAUUACGUAAUUUUUCCGGUGCCGUUACGAAAAUACUAUUCUCAAUAUAAGGAUACCAUAAUGAGUACUCAAUUGCAUGCUAACAAGAAAAUGGUUUCAAUUCAGGAAUUGUUUACUUCAAACAAUUUUUUUCUGUAUUUGUUUUUCUUCCAUGAAUAUGGGAAAUAAAUUUUUGUUAACUCAACAGU